AUGUCAAGAAUAAAAAAAGAUAAAAAAAACCAAGUAAUUGUCGUGCCAACCACGCAAAAAUCUGUUCCAAAAACUAAACCAGUUAAAACUCCGACUAAAUCCCGUCCCGUUCCUUCCAAACAAAAUACUCUUGCCUAUUAUGAUUGCCUAAUUGACCAAAUUGCUAACUCUUCAAACCCAAAAACUAAGAUUACCCAACUAGCCCAUCACUGUAAAUGUAAUAAAGGUCAGGUUGCCCAAGCUCAACAAGAACAUAAACAGCAACUAGUUCAGCAAUUAGCCAAAAAUUAUAAAGCUUUUGGUCAGAGUUUAGGCCAUUAUUUACAAGCGGAUAUUAUCGGGAUAACUAACGUUAUCUCUUUGGCUAUUUUUGCUGGCUAUACCGUUCGUUUACGUUUAAGACAAAUAGUUCUAGAAAAGAAAAACGGAAAAGAGCAGCAUCAGAUCGACGAAUUGAAGCAAGAGAUUGAGAAGUUAAAGAAAAAUGGCUAA